UCUCUCCGGCGCCCCGCCGUGGCCGACUUCUCCGGGUUCUAGUUCCCGGCGGCCCUCGCGGCCGGUUCCGGACGUCGGGACUGUUCGUGAUGGCGGGGGCUGGCUCUGCCGCCGUGUCCGGGGCAGGGACGCCGGUGGCGGGGUCCACAGGCCGCGACCUCUUCGCAGAGGGGCUGCUUGAGUUUCUGCGGCCGGCGGUGCAGCAGCUCGACUCCCACGUCCACGCCGUCAGAGAGAGCCAGGUGGAGCUUCGAGAACAGAUUGACAACCUCGCUGCAGAACUGUGCCGAAUCAAUGAGGAUCAGAAGGUGGCCCUGGAUCUGGAUCCCUAUGUUAAGAAGCUGCUUAAUGCCAGGCGUCGAGUUGUCUUGGUCAACAACAUCCUACAGAAUGCCCAGGAGCGGCUCCGGCGGCUAAACCAUAGUGUUGCCAAGGAAACAGCCCGAAGGAGGGCAAUGCUGGAUUCAGGAGUUUACCCCCCUGGUUCCCCAAGCAAGUAACAGGACAGAAGAUGGGCAUGUGACCUGAGAGGCACAAGUAGCAUCCCCAGCUGCCUUGUCUCCAGGCGGGAGAUCCCGGAAGCAAUCCCUAUAGACCUUCCCCACCAAAAAGGCACCCCUGUGGUUUGCCUGAAGAAGGCCAUUAAGAAACCUACGUUAAGCAACACUUGGGCUCCCAGAGGACUUACGCUCUAACUCUUUGCUUCCAAGAAUCAGCUGAGGCCUCUACAUCUUUCCAGUUAUACAGCCAAAGCUCACCUUUUUCAGGCCUAGUUAACCAGUGGAGCAUCCUUAGAGCUGGGCAGCACUGUGGCGUCCAACGUCAUUCCUUUGUUUACACUGAGAGUUUGGAGGACAGCCUGUUUGCCCUCCUCCUGACCGCAUUGGCUUGAAUACAGUGGCAGUAAAACUAGAACCAUUUAAUUCAAUAAAUGCUUAAACAGUA